AUGUCCUUUGCAUUCAGUCGAUCAGUACUGAAACGGAUCCCUAUGCCUUCCAAAAUUGCCAUGCCAGCUGUCUCGAACGGACCCCGUAAGAUCAAAAGACACAGGGCCAAGAAACAGAACCCAGAGCCUACCACGCCGUUGGGAGUGCUACUGAAUCAUGAAAUCCCAGAAAUAUGCAAAGAGCAUAAUUUGACCCUUGAGCAGGUAUCCAACCCUCUGAACAAAGUCUUAAAUAAUACAGACUUGCGCGCGAAGUACAACAGAGUGGUUGAGUCUGUCAGAAUUCUGAAAUAUUCAUCCAACGGCGAAGGACUGGCCUUGCUACCACAUCCAGAAAUCCCAGAUGGCAAGCAGAUCGCAGUGGUUCCGUUUGCGAUGCCAGAAGAUAUUGUCACAGUUCGUGUUUUCAUGACCAAAGACACCCAUGUGGAUGCCGAUCUGCUAAAAAUUGAAAACCCUUCCCCUCUGAGAAAACAGGACCUUAUCAGAUGCCAGUAUUUUGGAGCCUGCUCAGGGUGUCAGUACCAGCCGAUUGAAUAUGACGACCAGCUCAACUUUAAACGCCAAACCAUAAUCAAUGCCUAUAGAUACUUUGCGCCACGGCUGACGUCUAUGGGAAGGUUGCCAGAGGUUGGGGCAACGGUUGCCAGUCCGCUCAAGUAUGGCUACCGCACAAAGCUGACUCCUCACUACCAAUUCAGCCGCCACCAGGACCCCUCAGUACGUCCCAACUUUGGAUUUGGCUCUAAGGGCCGUCCAUCUUGGAGAGAUGUGCCAAAAAGAGAUUACCCCGGUGAAGUGAUGGACAUCGAGGAUUGCAUAAUAGGAACAGACAUUGUCAGACAGGGUUUGAGAAAUGAGCGCGCGCAGCUUGAAAAAUUAGUAGAAUCCGGACAGGUGAAACACAAGGGAGCAACAGUCUUGCUCAGAGAAGACACUAGACGCAACCGUGAGGAGCUGAAGGGGUCUACAGCAGAGGAUGGAACGCUUUCCAUUGUAGAACAAAAUGGCAUGUUCAAGACCUGUGUCACCGACAACAACGCCAUCGUGAGUGAGUAUGUGAAUGGUUUGCGGUUUGACUUCGUGGCCAACGAGUUCUUCCAGAACAACAACUCCAUCUUGCCAAAAGUCUUGGAUUAUGUCAAGUCGAACCUGGCCUUGGACGAGUCGGGCGAUAAUUACCUUGUGGACGCGUACUGUGGGUCCGGUCUGUUCAGUAUCUCGUGUGCAUCAUCUGUUCGCAAAUCGUUGGGCGUGGAAAUCUCUGCUCACUCUAUCAAAUUCGCCAAGAGAAAUGUGGAGCUGAAUGAUAUACACAAUUGCGAGUUCAUUGAAGGAAAAGCGGAAAAGCUUUUUGAAAAGAUCGACUUCCCUAAGGACAAGACGUCUGUGAUUUUAGAUCCUCCGCGAAAAGGGUGUGAUGAGGUUUUCAUGAAGCAGCUCGCAGAAUUCUAUCCGAAAAGGAUUGUUUACGUUUCUUGCAAUGUUCACUCGCAAGCCAGAGAUGUGGAAUAUUUCCUCACGGAAACAGAAAAAGGCAAAGAUUAUAAAGUGGAGAGCAUCAUUGGAUUCGACUUCUUUCCGCAGACGCAUCACGUCGAAGGCGUCGCAGUUUUGAGCCGUGCUACGUAUUAA